AUGCCGCCUAUCAGGCAAAGACACCACUCAGACAAUCCUCUUGUACCUGGCUCAGCGACGCCGUCCAUCAUCGAUUCACCUUCCGAGUCCGACAGUUGGAGCGCACCGUCUACGAGACCCCCUUCUCAGGUACCCAGCAGAACACCCAGCAUGUCGGCCGGCGUGUCGGGUAACAAACUACUCCAUUCAUCUCAUCAAUCGUCGUCGACAGCUACUGCGUCCACGGUCAAACAACCCGCCACUAAGAACAAAGUGCCAUCGAGACCCCCUACAGCAUCCGCCUCGCCGCAGCCCCCCUCUACACCUAAUCGACCACGCUCGGCGUCCAAUGCUCACUCAGAAUCUGGCAAAUUCUCAUUAGCGAGUCUUAUCUCCUCAGCGCCAAAACUGAGUCGCAAAUCAUCUGCCUCGAGUAAAAAAUCAGACUCUGAUGGCGAGCGCAAAUCCGUGACCGGCGAGAGUGCUGUCAGUCUCACGCAAAAGUACGAGGUGCAACCUUCUGUCGUGCGGCUCGCUCAUAAGUGGGACAGGUCAGAGGAGAAAUUGUAUGCUGUUAAGGAAUUUCGGAAGCGGCGCAAAAACGAAUCCGAAAAAGAAUACGUCAAGAAGCUCACCGCCGAAUUCUGCAUCUCUUCGACGCUGCACCACGUCAACAUCGUUGAAACUGUCGAUUUGGUCCAGGACGAGAACAAGCUGUGGUGUGAGGUCAUGGAGUUCUGUCCGGGUGGCGAUUUGUAUGCUGCGAUCAAGAAGGGGGGCAUGUCGCCUAGCGAAGUGGAAUGUUGUUUCAAGCAGAUCUUGACGGGGGUUUCGUACUUGCACAGUCAGGGCGUGGCCCAUAGAGACAUUAAACCCGAAAACUUAUUUUUUGACACCAAAGGUCACCUCAAGAUCGGCGACUACGGCGCUUCGACUGUGUACCGUCUUCCUUGGGAAACAACUGUUCACAUGUCGACUGGUCUGUGUGGUAGCGAACCGUACAUCGCUCCAGAACAGUUUUUGGGAAAACCGUACGAUGCGCGCUUAGUCGAUAUCUGGGCAUGCGGCGUUGUUUAUUACUGCCUGCAUUUUCAAGAGAUGCCGUGGCGCGUCGCGCAGAUGUCAGACAACCUAUAUGCUGCGUACGCGAAUGCGUGUAUUGCACACCCAACGAUUAACAAUCUGUCGCCAAAACAGUGUCGAUCGCUCAUACGCAGGAUGCUCGAACCGGAUCCGAAGAAGCGCGCCGCGAUCGAGGAUGCGAUGGCGCACCCGUGGGUGGAGAGUAUUGAAGUGUGUCAUUUGGUGGAAAAACCGAAGCAUAUGCACACAUAUGCGAUUAUGCAGGCUCAGGCACAGUUUGGCGGAUCGUGA